AUGACGAGACUAAGGAGAAAAGAGCUCGGAAUCUCAUGCAUGCUAAACACGGAGGUCGGCGCCGUUCUCGCCGUCCUCCGCCGCUCCUCUGACGGGGGCCACUACUUCGCGGCGGAGGAAUGCUACGACACCCCGAUCUCCCAGUCCCUCAAAUCCCUCCGAGCCCUCAUCUUCAACCCCCAACAAGAAUGGCGCAACCUCGACCCCUCGCUCUACCUAUUGCCAUUUCUCGACGUCAUCCAGAACGACGAGGCCCCCGCAGCCGCCACCGGCCUGGCCCUCUCCUCCGUCUUCAAGAUCCUCAAGCUCGAAAUCUUCGACCACAAAACCCCCGGCGUUAGGGAGGCCAUUAACUCCUCCGUCGCCGCCAUCACCAGCUGUCGCCUCGAGAAGACCGACCCCGUCUCCGAAGACGCUGUUAUGAUGAAGAUAUUGCAGGUGUUGACGGCGAUCAUGGCACACUCGGCGUCGAUCUGGCUGACUGACCAGGCGGUGUGCAUGGUCGUGAACUCGUGCUUCCAGGUGGUGCAGCAGUCUGCGAGCCGGGGCGAUUUGCUGCAGCGCAGCGCCAGGUUCACGAUGCACGAGCUGGUGCACAUAGUGUACUCGCGGCUGCCGGAGGUGGAGGUGACGGACUGGGAGAAUUCGGAGUCGGACACGGAGGACAGCGCGCUAGACGAUUCCGGGUACGGGAUCAGGGCGGCGGUUGAUAUCUUCCAUUUCCUGUGCUCGUUGUUGAACGUGGUGGAAGUGGUGGAAUCCGACGGGGUGACGUACCAGACCGCGGACGAGAGCAUUCAGCUUUUCUCCCUGGUUUUGAUCAAUUCCGCCAUCGAGUUGAGCGGCGACAGCAUCGGCAUGCACCCCAAGCUGUUGAGGAUGAUCCAGGAUGACCUGUUCCACCACCUCAUUCACUACGGAUCGUGCUCCAGGCCCCUCGUUUUAUCCAUGAUUUGCAGCACUGUCUUGAACAUCUAUCACUUCCUUCGCAGGUCAGUUCGCCUUCAACUGGAAGCCUUCUUCUCAUUCGUGUUAUUCAAAGUGGCGGGUGCAACCAACACAUUAGCCCUCCAAGAAGUGGCAGUGGAAGGCCUGAUAAACUUCUGCAGGCAGCCCACAUUCGUGGUGGAAGCCUACGUCAACUACGACUGCGAUCCCACUUUCAGGACUGUUUUUGAGGACACAGGAAAGCUCCUAUGCAGGCACGCAUACCCUUCAGGUGGAGCUCUCACCAGUUUGCAGCUCCAAUCCUUCGAAGGCAUAUCCACCAUCAUCCACAACAUCGCAGACAACAUCGACAGGGAAGGCGACAACACCCCCUCAGGACCCUACCCCGUCGAGAUUGGCGAGUACAGACCCUUCUGGGAGGAGAGGGUGAAAGAGGAUGAGGAUUUGGAUACGUGGAUUGACUUUGUGAGGGUUAGGAAGGCUCAGAAGAGGAAGAUUUUGAUUGCUGGUGACCAUUUUAGCCGCGACGAGAAGAAGGGGUUGGAGUACUUGAAACAUUCGGGUUUGGUGUCAAAUAGUUCUGAUCCUAAAGCUUAUGCUAUGUUUUUCAGAUACACACCAAAACUAGACAAGACUGCCAUUGGGGAUUUCCUUGGAGAUCCUGAGGAUUUCCACCUUAAAGUCCUGAAAGAGUUCACAGACACGUUUGAAUUCACUGGAAUGGUAUUGGAUAAUGCCCUGAGAACUUACCUGGAAUCUUUCAGGCUGCCUGGAGAAUCCCAGAAGAUUCAGAGGGUUCUUGAAGCAUUUGCUGAGAGAUUCUAUGAGCAGCAAUCUUCUGAAAUCUUUUACAGCAAAGAUGCGGUUUUUAUCCUGUGUUAUUCUGUGAUUAUGCUCAACACGGAUCAGCACAAUCCCCAGGUGAAGAAGAAGAUGACAGAAGAUGAAUUCAUCAGAAACAACAGAGCAAUCAAUUCAGGUCAGGAUCUCCCCAGGGAAUACCUCUCUGAGCUUUUCCAGUCCAUUUCUGCCAAUGCAAUCCUCUUUGAUUCCGCUGGAACUCCUCAAGAAAUGAGCCCGAAUCAAUGGAUUCAGCUAAUCAACCGAUCCAAGCGUAUGAAUCCCUACAUAAUGUGUGAUUUCGAUCGUCGUCUAGGCAGGGAUCUGUUCGCUUCGAUUGCAGGCCCUUCAGUUGCUACUUUAGCAGCCAUUUUCGAACAGGCGGAUGAGGAAGAAGUCCUCCAUGAAUGCAUUGAAGCAUUGUUUUCAAUUGCCAGGAUUUGCCAGUACGGCCUAGACGACACCCUGGAUGAGCUCGUCUGCACUUUCUGCAAAUUCACAACACUCUUGAACCCCUACGCGUCCGCAGAAGAAACACUAUACGCUUUCAGCAACGACAUGAAGCCCCGAAUGGCUACUCUGGCGGUUUUCACCAUAGCCAACAACUUCAAGAACUUCAUCAGAGGCGGAUGGAGGACGAUCGUCGACUGUCUCCUGAAGCUCAAGAAGCUAAAACUGCUCCCACAAUCCGUGGUUGAGCCCGAGGCUAAAACCCGCCACGAAAGGUCUGCUUCGACGUCUAUUUCAGCCAGCCAGGACUCGAAAUUCGGGCGAAAGCGCCACCCUUGUGGAGUAGCUGGGAGAUUCUCACAGUUCUUGUCAAUGGAUAAUGUAGAAGAGUCUCUAAACAUGGGUGUGAGCGAAUUCGAGAACAACUUAAAAAUCAUCAGCCAAUGCCGCAUAGGCAGCAUUUUCAACACAAGUUCAUCUCUCCCUGAAGAUACAGUCCAAAAUCUAGGGCGUUCCCUCAUAUACUCUGCAGCAGGGAAAGGCCAGAAAUUCAGCACUGCAAUUGAAGAGGAAGAAACUGUAGGGUUUUGCUGGGAUUUAAUUGUGGCAAUUGCCUCAGCCAAUAUUAAUAGACUCCCUACUUUUUGGCCUUACUACCAUGAAUACCUCCUAGAUGUCGCCCAAUACCCUCUCUUCUCACCCAUCCCAUUUGCAGAAAAAGCCAUUGUUUCUCUCAUGAAAAUCUGCCUCAAACUCCUGUCCUCAUUCCAGGCUGACAAAGCCCCUGAAGAACUCAUCUUCAAAUCCAUAAACCUCAUGUGGAAACUCGAAAAGGAAAUCCUGGACACAUGCUCUGAGUUCAUAGUCCACUCUGUAACCAUAAUCAUGAACGAGUACCCCGCGAAUCUCCAAACCGUCCUGGGCUGGAAAUCUGUCCUACAUUUGUUAGCCAUCACGGGGCGCCACCCGGAAAUGUAUGAUCAGAAAGUCGAGGCCGUGAUCAACCUAAUGUCCGACGGGGCUCACAUUUCCAGGCUAAAUUACCCUUUCUGCAUUGAAACAGCAUUCGGGUUUGUCGCCCUAAAGAACAGCCCCCUGGAAAAAAACAUAAAAAUCAUGGAUUUGAUGACAAACACUGUAACAUUAUUAGUUAAUUGGUUCAAAAGCGGUUACAGCGAUCCCGGCGGGCCCUCGUCCGAGGAAAACAAAGCGCUCAUGUCUCCGAAUUUCACGGUGUCCUGUUUCGUGAAACUAGGAGAGGCAUUCAGGAAAACAAGCUUAUCAAGAAGAGAAGAAAUUAGAAACCACGCGGUCAUCUCCCUACAGAAAAGCUUCUCCUUAGCCGAAGACCUAGGGUUUACGCCCUCCAACAUUGUCAACUGCUUCAAGCUCGUGAUCUUCGCGAUGGUGGACGACCUGCACGAGAAGAUGCUGGAGUAUUCGAAGCGGGAGAACGCGGAGAAGGAGACGAGGGGGAUGGAGGGGACUCUGAAGCUCUCCAUGGAGAUGUUGACUGGGGUUUAUUUGCAGUAUUUGAAGCUGAUCUCAGAGAGCCCGGAUUUCAGGGGGUUUUGGAUGGGGGUGUUGAGGAGGAUGGAUACUUGUAUGAAGGCUGAUUUGGGAGAGUAUGGGGAGUCGAGGUUGCAGGAUAAUAUCCCGGAAUUGCUCAAGAAAAUGGUGUCCACCAUGAAAGAGAAAGAGAUUCUUGUGCAGAAGGAAGAUGAUGAUCUUUGGGAAAUGACGUAUAUUCAAAUCCAAUGGAUUGCUCCUUCGCUCAAGGAAGAACUGUUCCCUGAUAAUUGA